GCUUCCGAAUAUAACGACCUUCCCUUCCCUUCCAUUCAAUUUCUCCAUUUUCCUCAACACAAAUGCCAAAUCUCUCUCUCAUUUCUUCUCUGAAAAUCAUCAUGUUUCUCUUGAUCUGAACUUCGUUGUACAGUGCGUUGAAAAUCCACAAUCUCAUCUCCUUGUUUUGCUCUUCAACAAUGUCGUUCUCGGAUUCCGAUUCGUCCUCCGUCGGCGGAGCCAACGAGUACAAGAACUUCCGUCAAGCCACUCGGGAUCGAUUAUUGUUCGAAAUGCUAGGAGCGGCUAAUUCGGGGGAUUCAAAACCUUGGAAGGUACUAAUCAUGGAUAAAGUGACUGUGAAAGUCAUGUCUCACUCGUGUAAAAUGGCCGACAUCACAGACCAAGGAGUUUCACUUGUUGAAGACCUCUUUAGAAGAAGGCAGCCAUUGCCAUCAAUGGAUGCUAUUUAUUUUGUCCAGCCAUCCAAAGAGAAUAUUGUCAUGUUCUUGUCUGACAUGUCUGGAAGGGAACCUUUAUACAAGAAAGCAUUUGUAUUUUUCAGUUCACCCGUCCCGAAAGAAUUUAUUAAUCACAUCAAGGGUGAUACAAGUGUCUUACCCCGCAUAGGUGCAUUAAGAGAGGUUGGUGUCUUCAUUUUAUUCUUAAAAGCUUCUGCUAUAUAUGAUAUUUAUCGCCAGUCUUUCUUUCCAUCUUCUCAUUUUGCUUUUCUUGAUUUACUGCAGAUGAAUCUUGAGUACUUCCCCAUUGAUAGCCAGGCCUUUAUCACUGAUCAAGAAAGGGCAUUAGAAGAUAUUUUUGGUGAUGUUGAGAAUACUCGUAGAUUUGAUAGUUGCUUGAACACAAUGGCGACAAGAAUUGCAACUGUUUUUGCUUCACUAAAGGAGUUUCCAUUUGUGAGAUAUCGAGCUUCCAAGGCUUUGGAUGAUCCCACUGCAGCAUCAAAUCGUGAAUUAGUACCUACAAAACUUGCUGCUGCCAUCUGGAACUGUAUUUCAAAGUAUAAAACUACCAUUCCCAACUACCCUCAGUCUGAAACAUGUGAGCUGCUCAUCUUGGAUAGAUCCAUUGAUCAGAUUGCCCCUAUUAUUCAUGAGUGGACUUAUGAUGCUAUGUGUCGCGAUUUGUUAGAAAUGGAUGGAAAUAAGUACACGUAUGAGGUAUCCAGCAAGACAGGAGGUGAACCCGAAAAAAGAGAGGCCCUUUUGGAAGACAAUGAUCCAGUUUGGCUUGAGCUUCGACAUGCACAUAUUGCAGAUGCUAGUGAACGUUUACACGAGAAGAUGACCAAUUUUGUAUCUAAAAAUAAAGCUGCGCAACUUCAAAAAAGUGCAAGAGAUGGCGAAAUUUCUACCCGAGACCUACAAAAAAUGGUUCAAGCUUUACCACAAUACACGGAACAAGUUGAAAAGAUUACUCUUCAUGUUGAGAUUGCUGGAAAAAUAAACAAACUUAUUAGAGAAAUGGGACUUCGAGAACUUGGACAACUGGAGCAGGAUUUGGUUUUUGGAGAUGCGGGAGCCAAGGAUGUUAUUAACUUCUUAAGGACAAAUCAGAAUUCAAGUCCGGAAAAUAAAUUACGUUUGUUGAUGGUUUAUGCGUCUGUAUAUCCUGAGAAGUUUGAGGACGACAGAGCCAUAAAGAUAAUGCAGUUGGCUAAGUUAUCAGCUGACGAUAUGAAGGUAAUAAAGAACAUGCGGUUGCUGGGAGGGUCAGAAUCCAAAAAGGCAUCAUCAACUGAUGGUUUCUCCCUAAAAUUUAAUGCACAAAAGACAAAACAAGCGGCAAGAAAGGACCGCACGGGUGAAGAAGAAACAUGGCAGCUAUUUCGAUUUUACCCCAUGUUAGAGGAACUUAUUGAAAAAUUGAGCAAAGGUGAAAUAUCAAAAAGUGGCUAUUCAUGUAUGAAUGAACCACCUCCAUCUACUGAGAAAGCUUCCCAAAAAGGUACUCAUAGUGCAACUAGCCAGACUACGUCUACUGGUGGUCCAAAAUCAAUGAGAUCAAGACGAACAGCAAAUUGGGCACGAUCUAGUAUUUCUGACGAUGGAUACGGAAGUGACUCCGUUUUGAAAGCUGCAACUAUCGAUUUUAAGAAGAUGGGACAACGUGUUUUUAUAUUUAUUGUUGGUGGAGCUACUCGAUCCGAGUUGCGAGUUUGUCACAAGCUCACAGCAAAAAUUAGAAGAGAAAUAGUGCUAGGUUGCUCCAGUUUGGAUGAUCCUCCCCAAUAUAUCACGAAAAUGAAGCGGUUGACGGAAAGAGACGAGACAGUGGAAGUCCCCGGUGCUGCUUUCUUAUCUUAUGGUUAAAAGUGGUUCUCAAAAAGCUCAACUCAUCUCCAUGUAUUAUUAUUCUCAGUAUAAAUGAUUUGUACUUCUAAUCUAACACCAUUUCCCCUUCACAACAAUUAAUACACAGUUGUGCUUGCGGAGGAAGUGAAUCAAAUUUUAAACAACUUCCUUUUAAAUCGUAUCGAUAAUCGUUUUCGUUUUCUGUCUUCCCUCUUUUUCUUCGAGGGUUGUGUUAUAGUUGCUUUUAGAAUAUAAUAUUACAAAUGUAAAAGUGC